AUGACGGACUCCGUCACAUUGGCGGACGCCGACACGGUGCGGGCGGCGGCGAGGUCGCGGCCCGUCUCGCGAGCAAGGUCGCGGACAUCUCGUCCCUCUUCGGCGUCGUCGACGCGCUCCACGCGCUCGACGCGCUCGAUGCUGGUGGAGGACGAUUUGUCCGGCUGCCUUGUGUCGAGCGAGGACGGGCUGGCGAAAGCGGCCGUUCCGAAGCGGCCGCACGUGGAUGGACCGGGCCCUUCCGGGGCGGCGGGCAAGCCGUCCAAAAUCCCCUGCCCGUCGUCCGGGAACGGGGUAGUCCUGGUGGUGCCCGUGGGCCGGGCCACAGAGAGUCCGGCAACGUCGCCGAAGUCCCGGCGACAGGAAAAACGGAGGGACGACGGGGUGUUCGUCCGGCCCUCGGAGGUUCCUGCGGCAAAGGGGAAGGUCCCCCAAAAGGACGACUCGCAGCCUGUGGCCGUCUUCAGGGCGGAGGCCCAGAGAAAGCUCGGGGCUGCCCUGGACACGGUGCACAGGUGCGGAAACUUAAAGGGGACCGACCAGAGGCAGCUGAAGGAGAGCAUCAGCUCCGUGAUGUUGAUGGCGGAGGAACUGGACGGGAGUGCCGCCAUCAACAGCGAGUUCACCGCGGGCGCCGUCAAACGGCGAAUGUUGGAGGCGCAGGUGGAGGAGCUCCGUAAGGAGAACAAGGAGCUCCGAAGCCAGCUCCAGGCCCUCCAAGCCCAAAUGCGGCAACUCGCGGCGAACUCGGGGUCGCAACCUCCUCUGGCUGCUUCCCGCGCGCCGCAGGGGUCUCCGAGGGUAAGGGCACCUGGCCCGACCCCCGAGCCGGACGAAGUCGGGGCCUUCAGGGCGGAUAUCAUGAGGGCGACCGGGGAGCUAAUUGAUGCCCGUAUCGGUGCCCAAAUUGAGAAGGGCAUCCGUGAAAUCAAGGCUGCCCUGGGCAUCAGCUCCCCGGCGUCAACAAUCCGCCCUGAAUACCGCCCGCCGCUACAAAGCGAUGGGCGGUACGAGGUUUUGGCCCGCAUCCCUGGCGCGGGGGUCCGGGGUUUAGGGAUGCCCCCCAUCUGCGCGGGGCACAAGGCGCAGACUUCCCACCUUUGGGUGGUCAACCCGCUAGCCGGCAAACAUCCGGCAGCCAACAGCCGGGGCCGUCGGGCGCAGGGCGCGCGCAGGAUGGGGAAGAAGGGCAAACCGGCCCCGCCGUCGCCAUCCAAACUGCGCGCACCGCGCUCGGCGGCCGUAGUCGUGUCGCUCUGCCCGGAGGCGGAGGCUGCGGGUAUGACCUACUCGAAGGUCCUCAAGGAGGCGAAGGAGAAGAUCGACCUUGCCUCCUUGGGUAUUGGAAGUCUGCGCUUCAAGACCGCGGCUACUGGGGCCCGGAUCUUAGAGAUCCCGGGGUCCCAGACGGGAGACCAGGCUGACGCGCUCGCGUCCAAGUUUCGGGACGUCUUCCCGGACGGUACGGUUCGCGUCGCCAGGCCCACCAAAACGGCCGAGAUGAGGCUGAUGGGCCUGGACGACAGUACCGACCGGGAAGAGGUGGCGGCCGCCGUGGCACAACAUGGCGAGUGCACGGCGGACGCCGUCAAUGUCGGAGAAAUUCGGCGCGGCGCGUCGGGCCUGGGCACCUGCUGGGUGCGGGCCCCAUUAGCCGCGGUUAAGAAAGUGACGACGGCAGGGCGGAUUCGUAUCGGCUGGGUAUCAGCCGCUGCGGAACUGCUGCGGCAGAAGCCGCUCCGGUGCUUCAGGUGCCUGGAGAGCGGGCACGUGGUGGCGAGAAACAAGAACAAAGAAGAAAAAGAAGUUAUAAGGUACGGAGGCCAACGCAAAAACUACUGA